AGUCCGUUGGUUCGAGAGACACUUAUUCGAACAUGUCGCUUCUAGGGAUAGGGACAUCAUAAGGGAGCAGCAGUUUAGAAGCAUCGUAAGAUGUAUACAAAGACUUAGACUGCAAAGGGGGCGCAACAUAGUCAGAUACAAGUUUUACCUACUGAGGAUAGCUAGUAUGAAUGGUAUAUCUUUGAGGAACCCUCCUGAGGAUAUUAAGACUCAAAGGAUUGUGGACAUCCUUGAGGAUAGGUUGUAUGGGAAAGUUUUUGUUGAGCUUGGAUGGAAACCUGAGAAAUGUGAAUAUUAUAAUAACUGGAAAAGUAAAAACACUUAAAGAAAUAUUAAUAUAAUAAAUCAAUAGAAUUAAACAAUAAAUUAAAUCAAAAAUAAAAACACUUAAAGAUAUACUGAUAUAAUAAAUCAAUAGAAUUAAACAAUAAAUUAAAUCAAAAAUAAAAACACUUAAAGAUAUACUGAUAUAAUAAAUCAAUAGAAUUAAACAAUAAAUAAAAAAACACUUAAAGAUAUACUGAUAUAAUAAAUCAAUAGAAUUAAACAAUAAAUUAAAAAUAAAAACACUUAAAGAUAUACUGAUAUAAUAAAUCAAUAGAAUUAAACAAUAAAUUAAAAAUAAAAUACAAAUAAAUUAAGUCAAAAAUAAAUUCGAAAUAAAUUAAUUAAAUACCCGAAUUUAUUUUUACAUAUAUAGUAUAUAGAAACUGUUAGAAAAUAUGGCGAGUUACUUUAACACGAACGAAUUCAGCGUAGAACAACUUUUGGCUCUCAACAGUAUCAUAGACAGUGAUGAGGAUAUGGAUGCAAGAGUAGAAGACAUUCUGAAGGAUAGGAACUACAGGAUCACUCCUGAUGAUAAGGGUGAAAGUCCAUUCCAGGGAGAAAGACAAUUUGUAGAUGAAGUUGACCGUGAUAUGGAAACAAAGAAACCAAGACGCAUACCUAAGAACUACAAGGGUAGAAGAGGAAUUAUGCCAACGUGGAAGUACUCUGACAGGCAAAAGGCUAAGGCUUUACUUGUAGAGGAAGCAUACCAAAGUUUACUGUCAAAGGGCGUUCAGGGGUUACCUCCAACGAUGGGAGGUAGAUGGCGCACGGAUGAUCCCCUUGUAAAUGAGGAAAUCAAGAGAAUCGAAAACGAAAGAAAUCCCAAGGUAAAGCGUCCUAGAGGUAGACCACCAAAGGCAAAGACCGAUGCUGAAGUGAAGGUUCCUAAAAAGAGAGGCAGACCACCAAAGGCAAAGACUGAUGCUGAAGUGAAGGUUCCUAAAAAGAGAGGCAGACCACCAAAGGCAAAGACUGAUGCCGAAGUGAAGGUGCCAAAGAAGAGAGGCAGACCACCAAAGGUAAAGACUGAUGCUAAGGUCAGAAAGCAGAAAGAUUCUUGAAGCAGAGGAAGUUAAAACUCUCAGUGCCUGCAGAUAGUGUCAUAACUCCAACAGGUCCAGGUAAGUUUACAAUUCGCGUGGAUCUUAAUAAGAGACCUGUGAGGAAAGCUCCUGAGGUGCCUAAGGGUGUAGCUCCAUGGAGACCGGUACCUAAGCCUAGAACGGUACUUCCUAGGGAAAGACCUGUACCCAAGCCUAGAACUAAGCUUCUUAAGGAAAGACCUGUACCGAAACCCAGAACUAGGAAACCAGUGUCUCCUGCCAAAGUCCGUAAGCCUGUAAGAGUGUCGAGGGAAGUUAAGGAGCAGCCUAUAGUGGUUACAACAGAGGAACAAGAAAUCGAUCCAUUUGGAACAGACCUUGAAAAGCCAUUUCACAGGAAAAUUGAAACAGCCGCAAAUGGAGCCGCUGUGACUUACUCAAUAACUCCUCAUUAUAUGGACCCUCUGGACCAGAUGACUGCAAGUAGACAGGUAGUGAGAGGAAUACUUGUGAAUGAGUUGAAGAAAAUGGGUGGGUUGAGUACACAGAGACUCUGAAGGUGAGAAUGUCAAAGGAAAUUGGUGACGGGAAAACCAAGAAGGACUCAGUCUACUUCAAAUCCAAGACUGGUACUGCGACUAACUUCGAGGAUAUUGAAAGUACAGCUGCUCAAAACCAACUGACAAUAUUGUCUAGAAUUGAAACCUUCCAAAACUGGAUUAUACUCAACAUUGAGAGUCAUUAUGUGAACCUUGCAAUGUACAAACCGUUAAAGGGUAGUUCAUACAUUAAACUUCCUGAGGAUAUUAGUAAUUCAAAGUGUGGGCUCAUCAAUAUGAAGAAUGAUGACAACAUGUGCUUUAUGUGGUGUCAUGUGAGACAUCUGAAUCCUAAGACUAGAAGAGCAACCACUAUCACACAAAAAGAUAGGGAAUUCAUAACGAACCUGGACUAUGACGGUAUAGACUUCCCGGUGAAGAUAAGUGACAUUGAUAGAAUCGAGAAGAAAAACAGUAUCAGCAUAUCUGUGUUUGGUUAUAAGGGUAAGAAACAGUUCUACCCUAUAAGAAACUCCAAGGCUAAAUACGAGGAUCAUAUGGAACUUCUACUCCUAGGUGAUGGUGAAGGUAACAACCAUUAUGUGCUCAUAAAGGAUGUAAACAGGAUGCUCUUCAGUGUAAGUAAACAUGCACAUAAGCAACACUUCUGUCUACACUGUCUUCAUAGUUGCGUGAGUGAAGAGGUACUGGAGAAGCAUAAGGAAACAUGUCUGGAGGUAAAUGGAACUCAGGCCGUAAAGCUUCCCAAGGAAGGGACAAAAAUAAAGUUCAAAAAUCAUAGGAACUCAAUGCCUGUGCCGUUUCUGAUAUACGCUGAUUUUGAGUCCAUACUAGUACCUGAGGAGAGAAAAGAGAAGUCAGAACCCUGAGGACGAAAGUAGUACGGACCUUUACCAGACAUACAAGGCUUGUAGUUUUGGUUUGAAAACAGUCUGCCACUAUGACGAUAAGUACUCCGGUGAGUAUAAGAGUUACGUUGGAGAAGUUGCUGCAUUGGUCUUCCUAAAGACUGUAGUAAAAGAGUCCUUCAGAUGUAGGGAAAUGACCGACAAAAUAUUCAGGAAGAAAAUGAUAAUUACACCUGAAGAAGAAGCUGAGUUCUGGAAAACAAGAAACUGCCAUAUAUGUGGUUACGAUCUAUGUGAGGACCGUGUGAGAGACCACGACCAUGUAACAGGCAAGUACCGUGGAGAUGCUCACAAUACAUGUAAUCUGAAAUACAGAAUUACAUGGAAAGUACCUGUGGUCUUCCACAACCUGAGAGGUUACGAUAGUCAUCUGAUUAUGCAAGAAAUUGGCAAGUUCAAGAUGGAUGUUAAUGUGAUCCCAAAUAAUAUGGAAAAAUACAUCUCAUUCUCACUGGGUAAGAAUCUGGUCUUCAUAGACUCUAUACAGUUCAUGGCUUCUUCACUGAAAGCACUGGUGAGUAACCUUUCACCUGAGGACUUCAGGAUAGUAGGUAAGAGGUGGAAGGGUGAGGACUUCAAUCUAGUGACACAAAAAGGAGUGUUCCCAUAUGAGUUCCUAGAUGAUAUUAGCAAACUCAAUACAGAAGGUCUUCCGAGCAAGGAUAAGUUCUACUCGUCACUGUAUGAGUCAGAGGUGAAGGAGGAAGAUUACCAGAGAGCUCAGAAAGUAUGGGAUCACUUCAAGAUGAAAACCAUGAGAGACUACCACGACCUCUACUUGGAGACUGACGUUCUUCUGCUGGCCGAUGUGUUUGAGAACUUCAGGAGAACAUGUCUGGAAAGUUACGAACUUGACCCCGCACAUUACGUGUCAGCACCUAGUCUGAGUUGGGACGCUUUCCUGAAAAAGUCAGGUGAAGAAAUAGAACUCGUAAGCGAUAUGGAUAUGUUCCAGUUCUUCGAGAAGGGUAUGAGAGGUGGUACAAGUUAUAUUGCUCAUAGACACUCAGCAGCUAAUAAUAAGUACAUGGAGACGUACGAUGAGUCGUCUGAGAACAAGUACCUAAUGUACCUCGACGCUAAUAAUUUAUAUGGCUGGGCAAUGUCACAACCACUACCUAAUGGAGAGUUCGAGUGGGUUGAGGAAGUUGACGGUAUGAAUCUAGAUGAUUACCUGGGAGACAACGGAAGGGGAAUGGUUUUGGAGGUUGACCUGGAAUAUCCACAAGAACUUCACGACCUACACAACGGUUAUCCUCUAGCACCGGAGAGUAAGGAAAUCAGUGCUUCUAUGUUGUCAGAUUAUGCGAAGAGUAUUGCUGAGAAAUUUCAACUGACAAUUGGAGGAGUAAGAAAACUAGUGACUUCACUAGGCCCCAGGAAGAAGUACGUCUUACAUGUACGUAAUUUGAAACUGUACACAGACCUUGGGAUGAAACUCACGAAGGUUCAUAGAGCGGUUACAUUCAAGCAGUCUCCCUGGCUUAAGGACUAUAUAGACUUUAAUACAAAGAAAAGGUCAGUAGCCCGUAACACAUUCGAAAAGAACUUCUUCAAGUUGAUGAACAACUCGAUCUACGGAAAGACUAUGGAGAAUCUUAGGAAAAGGGCUGAUGUGAAAUUAGUGUCCUCUAAAGACGACCUCCUAAAACUGACAGCAUCACCGUGCUUCCAGUCACAUCGAAUCAUGAAUGAGAAUCUUAUAGUGGUAAAGAGGAUGAAAGAAGUGCUAACGCUGAAUAAGCCGUGUUACGUGGGAAUGAGCAUCUUAGACUUAUCCAAGACUUUAAUGUACGAUUUCCACUACAACACCAUUAAGAAGGAGUACGGUAAUAAUUCGAGGUUACUGUUCACCGAUACUGACAGUCUGAUGUACGAACUGAAGACGGAUGAUGUCUACGAGGACUUCAGGAGGAUCGGUGAAGAGCAAGACUGCUGGGAUAAUUCAGAUUACCCAAAAGAGAGUCCUUACUACUCAACCCAUAAUAAGAAGGUUAUUGGUAAGUUCAAGGAUGAAGCUGGAGGAGUACCCAUAAUUGAGUUUGUUGGGUUGAGGUCAAAGAUGUACUCCUAUGUCAAGGAAAACGGUGGGGGUGGAAUGACAGCUAAAGGGGUUAAGAAGUAUGUCAUCAGAAACAAGCUCACUCAUGAGAACUUCAAGAACGUAAUCAACACGAAGGGUAGGAUGAGACACAACAUGAAUACAAUCAGAAGCACGAAGCAUACAAUCGGAACUUAUGAAAUGAGGAAGGUUACUCUGAGUUGCUUUGAUGACAAAAGGUAUCUUUUGGAGGAUGGAGUUACCAGUUAUGCUUAUGGUAACAAGAAUAUAAAAAAUAGCGACUGAGAAGUUCCCACAAAGUAGAAAGUAAUAAUCCUAAAGGGUAAAUAAGCAGGAAGGGCCCCCUGCCUUGUGUACCCCCAAGGAAAAAGUAAAAGAUGUCGAAGAGGCUCUAGAAUAGGAAAAUUGGAUGAUAUUGGGAAAUCUAGAGGUUUGAGGGUUUGGGAAUCCCUGGUAUUUUGAUAGAAGAGAACGGUGAAUAGUUGGAAUCUGAGUGUGACAACCAAAAUAGGUAUUGUGGAGGAUGUAGGAAGUAUUAAUCAGUGCUCAGAAUUAAUAUCUGACGGUUCUGUGGAGGGGUGUGUGUGUUACCUCAAGGGUGUUUUAAAAGUUGUCGAAAAGGCUUUGGAAUAGGAAAACUGGACGAUAUUGGAAAGGUCUAGAAUCAUACGAAAGUCUCAGCUGGACUGAUAAGGUGAUCCCGAAGCUUUGAGAUAAGUUAAAUGAAAAACAUUUCGGACAGACCUCAGAAUAGUAGUUUCCCAUUCCAAAUAAAUGGACCGUGGUCUCGGGAACACUCAUUGAGGAGCGGGACCAUUAAUUUUAAUAUAAUAAAAAUAAAUGAUUAAUAUAAUAAAAAUAAAUGAUUAAUUUUAAUAUAAUAAAAAAUAAAUUAUUAAUUUUACCAAAGGUAAAAAAUUAGUGGUCUCGAACCGAAACUAGUGGUCUCGAACCGGCAGUUCCUAUACUAUUCUUCCCCUAACUCCCGUUGGGAGGCUAGUGAGGAACUGAGUACAUUUCUUGGUACUAAAAACAAGCGAAUGAACAAAUUUGAUCGUAAGACUUUGGUAAAAUCAUACCCGCGACCAGAUGUCGACGAGGUUUACACGCCUGCCAUGGAUGACUUCUUGAAGCCCUUUAUUCAAGGCAUUAUGGCUCCUGAUAAACCCCACAAGGAUUUGCAGGACAAUAUCCUGGAUAUGUUUGGCCCACUUUGUACCAUAUACGAGAAUUUGUUGGCAAUGUUGGAUAGUAUUGACAGUGAUGGGAUAAUUCAGAUGGAUAAGACAAGUGUCAAUAGUUUCUUAUCUUGUGUGAAGCAUGCUCUGCUUCUUGUGGGCGACGCGUCGGCUGGAAUUAGUGUUACCCGCAGAGAGUUAGUGUUGAAGAACGUCGAUGGCGUCUAUGGCCCAGGAGCAUUUCCCCGACGCAAAACGUCAGCUCUUUGGACCUGGGUUUGAGCAGAGGUUAAAGACCCGGUCAGAGACUGCGGAUACAAUUGCAAAGGCUUCCAAAGUGGCUACUGCUGGAAGUGUGAAACCGUUUUUUCGUGGGAUGGCCUUCAGGGGAAGACCAACAUCUCGUGGAGGCCGCCAGUUUCAAUCGACCAGACCAUUUCGCCCGUUCUUCCAACGAGGAAGGGGUUUCAGAGCGAGGAGAGCCUCAAGACACCCACAGUUCCCAAGGUUCUCAAGCCCUCAGCAACAAUUCAGAACCUCGUUGCAUCAAUGAGUGGUCGCCCCAGCAAUCUACCAGCAGGUAUGUUUUUAAAUUAUUUUAUAACCAAUUUACCGCCAAACAUUCCUCCGACAGGUCGGCUUGUAUUUUUUCUUCCUGUCUGGAAAAGAAUAACACAAGACCCAUGGGUCUUGCAAGUAGUACAAGGGUAUCAACUGGAGUUGUUAUCAACCCCAGUUCAGCAGAGUUUGCAUCCUCCCAGAGUAUCUCUAAGUCAUCAAGCAGUUCUGAAUCAGGAAGUGCAGGCCUUGCUAGACAAGAGGGCUGUUCAUCAAGUUCAGAACAACGACUCAACAGGUUUCACAAGUUCUUUGUUUGUCGUUCCCAAAAAAGAUGGAGGGAACCGCCCGGUAGUGAACUUGAAACCCUUAAACCAAUUUUUAGUGUACGAACACUUCAAGAUGGAGGGGAUUCACAUGUUAAGAGACCUCCUAAGGGAAGGGGAUUAUCUAGUAAAGAUAGACCUCAAAGACGCUUACUUGACAGUUCCAAUUUGGAAAGGUCACCAGAAAUACUUGCGCUUUCUAUGAAAAGAUACAAUGCUCGAGUUUGCAUGCCUUCCCUUUGGACUGGCCACAGCUCCCAGGGUCUUCACAAAAUUGAUGAAACCUGUGGUGGCCAUGUUGACACAGAGGGGGGUGCGCCUAAUUAUUUAUUUAGACGACAUUUUGAUAAUGGCGGAGUCAGAAGAUCUAGUGCUCCACCAAGCUGCUUCGACCCUGAAUCUCCUAGAAAGUCUGGGGUUUGUAAUCAACUACAAGAAAUCCCAACUUGUACCAAGCCAACAGAUAGAAUUUUUAGGUUUUCUUAUAGAUUCCGUAACUAUGUCGCUCCAAUUACCAGGCGAGAAGUUGCGAAAAAUCAGGAAGCAGUGUCGGCAAUUACUAAACCUAGAGCAGAUCUCACUUCGCGAAUUAUCAAAAUUCCUGGGCCUGUUAACCUCUUCUAUCCAGGCAGUAUUUCCAGCCCCCCUUCACUACAGGCACCUUCAGAGGCUAAAAAAUGUAGGUUUGAGCACCCUGAAUUCAUACGAAGCAUUAGUCAUGCUCAAUCCUCAAGCAAAGGAGGAAAUUGUUUGGUGGAGAGACCACCUUCAGAGUUGGAAUGGCCGGGCACUGUUUCACAAGCCAGUGGACUUAAUUAUCGAAACAGAUGCGUCCCGAAAAGGUUGGGGGGCAUAUUGCGAAGGGGUAAGUACGGGAGGCCCUUGGUGUGCAGAAGAAAAAAGGCUUCACAUAAAUUGCCUAGAGCUUCUUGCAGGGUCCUUUGCCAUCAAAACAUUUUGCAAAACCAAAGUGGUAGCACAUGUCAAACUGCUGAUGGACAACACAUCAGCAGUGGCAUACAUCAACAAAAUGGGAGGGACCCAUUCCCAAUCAUUAGCCAAUUUGGCAAUAGAUUUAUGGACAUGGUGUCUCGAGAACGAGAUUCAGAUGUCAGCAGAACAUCUUCCAGGGGUUCUGAAUGUAAGAGCGGACAGGGAAUCCAGGGCAGUGAUAGAUCCCAGCGACUGGAAAUUGAAUCCAACCCUGUUCCAGGCACUUUCACAGAAAUGGGGGCCCUUGGAGGUAGAUCUGUUUGCGUCUCGACUGACAUGCCAAUUACCACAGUUUGUGAGCUGGAAACCAGACCCAUGGGCCAUUCAAACCGAUUCCUUUUUAAUGAAUUGGGGGAGAAUCAAAGGGUAUGCAUUUCCCCCAUUUGCUUUAAUCGGUCGAUGCCUGCGCCAGGUAAUGUCCCAGAGGGUAGAACAGUUGGUUCUAGUGGCUCCUGUAUGGCCAGCACAGCCUUGGUACCCAGUACUAUUGCAAUUAGCAGUAGACCUGCCUUUCCUAUUUCCGACGUUUCCAGAGCUUUUAAUGAAAGACAAUCAGACUCAUCCUCUGACCAAUCUUCAACUAGCUGGGUGGCUGGUGUCAGCCAACGCUAUCAGGCAGCAGGUAUUUCAGGGGAAACUCGAGACAUUUUAUUGGCGGCAUGGCGAAGAAACACCUCAAGUGCAUACUCUUCUGCCUGGAACAAAUGGGUUAGCUGGUGUUGUCAACGACAAAUUAAUCCCCUUUCAGUUCCAGUGAGUUCUGUUCUGGAGUUUUUAAAAGACCAGUUUCACGAGGGGAAAGCAUACAGGACUCUGAAUGUCUACCGUUCAGCUUUAUCUUCCAUAUUGCCGGAAGUAGACGCGAACCGAGUUGGUUCACACCCUUUAGUUACUCAAUUGUUAAAAGGGAUUUUUCAGUUACGCCCUCCUGAACCCAAGUAUUCUUUUACUUGGAAUGUGUCUGAAAUUUUGAAAUUUAUUAAGUCAUUGGGUAAGAAUGAGGAUUUAGAUCUGAAACUUCUAUCAUUUAAGUUAGUUAUGCUUCUUGGUCUGACUGCACCAGAUCGAUCUUCUGAUUUGGCAAAAAGAGAUUUGAGGUAUCGUACCUUUCGACCAGAAGGAGUAUCUUUUAUUCUCCCUGGUCUGUCUAAGACAUCAAGACCAGGAGAUACUCCUAAA